AUGAAUUGGCUCUGCCUCCUCGUCCUGCUGGCCACGUGUGGGCUUGCGCACGGCACAUGGGACAACUGCGGAGGGCUGUGCGGGUACCGAUCCGUGAGUUAUGACUAUGGCGCCGCUGCUUAUCAAUACGGCCACUACGGCAUGACACGCGUCGUGGGUGGCACAGGGGCCCGGGAAGCGUCCUGGCCCUGGCUCGUCAGCCUCCAUCAUGCCUGGAUACCGGGCACAGGGCACAUGUGUGGAGGGUCCCUCAUCCACUCCCAGUGGGUCCUCACGGCAGCCCACUGCUUUGAUGAUGUCAGCAACAUCAGCCUGGUGUACGUGAUGAUCGGGGCCACCCAGUUGUCUCAUCCAGGCCCUGGGGCACAAAUCCGCUACGUUAAGCAGCUGCGGACUCACCAAUACUAUAAUAAGAAGAACAUGAAGAACGACAUCGCCUUGCUGGAACUGGACUAUCCUGUACUGUGCAGCCCCUACAUCCAGCUGGCCUGUGUGCCCGACUUCACACUGAGAGUGUCGGAGCUGGUAUACUGCUUUGUCGCCGGCUGGGGUGCCACCAGUGCCAGGGCUUCAACAUCAAGCGAUCUCCUGCAGGAGGCCCCAGUCCACCUCAUUGAUCUCAAGCUCUGCAACAGCAGCGAGUGGUACUCAGGGGAAAUCCACAGCAGCAACGUGUGUGCUGGUUAUCCACAGGGCUUCAUCGACACCUGCCAGGGGGACAGCGGUGGUCCUCUCAUGUGCAAAGACAACAUCGCUGCCUACUACUGGGUUGUUGGAGUGACCAGCUGGGGAGAAGGCUGUGCAAGAGCAAAGCAUCCUGGAGUCUACACCUCCACUCAGCACUUCUAUGACUGGAUCCUGGCUGAGAUGGCUGCAAGCCCAUAUGGAAGUGCUUCUUGA